CCUCUCUGUUCUUCCCUCGGGUAAUCGUCGAUUCCCAGAUCGCCGGGUGUUGUUCCUCUUGUUCUUUCCAUUGAUCGAGAGAAGAAUGAUGAAUCGAUUCGAAAUGGUAAUCAUAUAUCGAUCGUUGUGGAGAUUCGACCUUUCAGAUUUUAAAGAUGAUUGAAGUCUGAUUGGGUCUUUUACGUUGGAGAAGAAUGGUGCUAGUUCUAGCAAUCGGUGACCUCCACAUCCCUCACCGGGCGCCGGAUCUGCCCGCCAAAUUUAAGCAAAUGCUUGUGCCUGGGAAGAUUCAACACAUCUUGUGUGUUGGAAAUCUGUGCAUUGAGGAUGUGCAUGAUUACUUGAAAAGCCUUUGUCCUGACCUGCAUUUUGCUCGAGGUGAAUAUGAUGAGGAUGCUCGUUAUCCAGAAAGAAAGACUCACGAUUGGUCAAUUCAAGCUUGGGCUUUGCCAUGGCCAUCAGAUCAUCCCAUAGAGUGACUUGGAUUCGUUAGCCAUGUUUCAGAGACAACUGGAUGUAGAUAUCCUUGUGACCGGACACACUCGCCAGUUCAAGGCUUACAAGCACGAGGGUGGUGUUGUGAUAAACCCUGGCUCGGCAACUGGAGCUCAUGCCAGCAUAACCUAUGAUGCGAACCCCAGAUUUGUACUGCUGGACAUUGAUGGCCUUCGUGUUUUGAUCUACAUUUAUGAGCUUGUCGAUGGCCAGGUGAAGGUCGACAAGAUUGCAACUACUCUGCCUGCUCUUUGAUCCUCUGUAAAUUGACAACCUCCGUACUCUGAUUUUGUUGCUUGAUUGAGCUGAACCUUAAAUCUGCAUCUGGACGACAUCUAAUUGUUUUGAGAAUUCUCCAUUCCUUGUCAAGCCUAAUCUGUCUGCAUCACACGUUUACUCGUCAGGAUGCUAAAUGUUGGUUCUUGGAGCCACCUCAGAUCUCUCCUGCUGUGUAUUCGAGGUAACAUGUUUCUGAUGGUUUUCCACUCACUCUGAACAUUUUGCAUCUAUCUGCUGCUAUCCCAUUUGUAUGAUAUAGCUGCCUUCCUGUUCUGCAUUCUUAAUGUAAAGGUAUCAGCCUCAAAUCUUACUUCUUUUGAUUAGGGUAGGUUAGCAUUCUGUGAAACAUGAACAGGCUAGGAUCAGUCGAUCAGCUGCACAGGGCGAUUGAGGGGACAGGGAAACCCGCUCAGAUUCAUGUGUGCCCCACGACAGAAAGUUGCCACGUGUCUUGUUUGCCCAAAUGUAGGCCACCACUCUUGUCCCUUCCGUGCGAGGAUCAGCUAUACUGAUUGGAGCAGGGAACUAGGAAAUCGGGUCAUUUGGGCCAAACCAAAUGAACCCCACCUGACUUGUGCACCGCGUGAGGAUCGGUUGUGUCGGGUUGACACGGGAGACGGGAAAGAUGAUACGGUCCACCUCAUCCUUCACUCCUCGUCUCCUAUAUAUUUGUACUGGCCCGUUCUUUCCCGGGCGAACCCAUCUCAAAUUCCCAGAGGGAAGAGAGAAGGGAUCAGAGACGGCGAAAGGGGAUCUGGAUGAGGUGGCGAACACUGGCGUUCUCGGAGCCGGACGGGUCUCCGAUCUGAUCUCCCCCAACAAGAAGGUCGGAUCUCGGAUCACUGUUCUUUAGUUCACUUGGAUUUUGAGCAGAAUUGCUUUGGUUCGCUCUUUGUGGGAUUCGAUUCUGAUGAGUUUUACCUCGUCCUGGUCGUUUUGUUCUUCUACGAGUUCGUCAAACGAUUUCCAUCUCAUCUGGUUCCAGUGUAUCAUCUUCCAAAUUUUCGUCUUCUAUUUUUUCUUUUCCCCUCUCGAUCUUACUCCCGAUCUCCCCUUUUUUUAAUUAUAGGAAUCAAUUAUUUUCAUUUUUAUUUGAAAACGUAAUUCUAUUUUUCAAUCAUGUUAUCAACUUCGUUUUUUAAAUAUUCGAAUGGCGCUAUUCGUCUCUCCCCCUUCAAACUUAAAAGACGGUAAUCAGGUCAUUUCAAAUCUUAGAAGCGGCAUAUCAUCUUAUGAAAUCCAUUUCAAAAGCGUAUUAUGGUCAAUUUCAUUUUGAGAGGUAAGCUGAACCGAUGGAGCCGCAUCGGGUGGGCGGUGGGGAGAUCAGCGGCGGCGAUCGGACGGUCAGCAUCGACGCAUCAGGAUCAUGGAAUGAGCUGUCGUCGAUCCGACGGCGGAGGCUCUCCUCCCCCUCGCCGAGCGCCUUCCUCACCCCCGCCUUCGACGCCUGCGCCACCGCCACCCUCAGCUCCUCCGGCAUCGGCGGCGGCGCCGACAGCUCCCUCGACUUCGACCCCUCCCUGCUCCGCUACACCCGCUUCCGGCCUCAUCUCUCCCCUUCCGACUCAUCCGAUCUCAGGUCGACGUCGACGAGGCGGCGCCUCCUCCAACUCCGAUCCUCCCUGAGCUCGUUUCCGUCUUCCUCGGCGGAGGGGGGCUGCUGCUUCGUCUCGCCGCUCUCCCCCAUCGACAACCUCCCGACGGGGAGGUCGCUUCCGGUGCACAUGACGCCGCUCACGAUGCAGGUGGGGGAGGACGUGGUGGUGAUGGACGGGGUGCUGGUUAGCGACGCCGAGACUACCAGCCGGCGGAGUCUACACAGGACGGAGGCCUGCCGCGCCUGGGACGAGAACGGGAUCUGCCGCUACGGUUCCAAAUGCCAGUUUGCUCAUGGGAAGGAGGAGCUGCGCGGUGGUCGCCGCUCUGUGAAACAAGCAUCUGAGGUACCAGCUAUGCGUUCCGGCCGAAGCCGAACCCAGUUCGGCUCUAUUCUUCCAUCUGCAGCAUCGAGUUAUGCUGUGUUCGGCUCUCUUCUUCCAUCUGCAGCAUCGAGUUAUGCUGUCUAUGAUGCUGCUGCUGGAGUAACCACGAGAAAUGUUGCUCCACCUGCUGCCAUGAACAAUCACUUGACAGCGGACGCAGACUACCAGCGGCUGAUCAUUCCGGCCCCGAACCAAGCAUCUCCUGCUGCAUCAGUCGGAGCUAUGACCGCUCCCUCGACUGCGGAGGCUGACAGCAAGCAGCAAACAACUCCUCUUUCUUCUCCACAAUCAACAGAGCCGUCGUUUCAAUGGCCCAUGACAGAAGCGGAGGAUGAUCAGAUAUCUCGGAUCCUGUAUGGCCCCAGCCAGCGCCGGAGGCUCCCAGUCUUCACUCAGUUCUGCCCAGAGUGAGUUCCACUGCGACCACCAUCUCCUUACUGCUGCUAUUCCUCUUUACAAAUCCUUCAUGGGCCCUCUUAUUCUUGCAUACUAUUGGCACAUUUCACCACUCGACACUAAAGGUAGCUUUACAUCAAGGUCUAAUACAAACACAAAAUUUUCAGCUGAGUUUGACAAAAUUUCUCUAGACGAUGCCAAACCAAGUUGACUAUGGCAGAGCCAUUCCAUGCAUUUGUACAUUCUUUGAUCUUGUUUUGGUCUGGUCACUGCUAUUGAUGAGUUUGGAGCAUCCAUCACCUCACCUCCAAAAAUAAAGCAUGAGCACAUAGAUAUGGCCAUUGAACUCUAAAACCCUAAAUCGAUGGCCAUGGAACUCUGCAAUGCAUGAGGAAAUGUCUUCAUCUCAAUCUCAGCCAAGUAUUAGAAAUAAGUUGAGAUCAACAAAUUCGUUUAAUGUACAUGUAGCAAAACUUGCAGACUAUCAUCUAAAACAGAAACAUCCAAAGUUGCAUGCAUGUCCCUGUGCUG